CACCGCAGGCUCACACAUUUUAACAGAUUAUUUUCGAUUUUUAAUUAUUUUAAACACCUAUCUGUCUAUCUAGAAUUCAGAAAACGGAAGUUAAGCUUGAUCAGCGAUCUCACAGCGCCGACAACUGUUGACAGCCGUGGCUGCCCGAUCUGCGCCCCCUGCUCAGUGUGCAGUGCGCAUGCGCGGCACAAAUCGGGCAGGGGGCACAGAUCGGGGAGUGACAUCCUCCAGUCUGCGCUGAUGGCCGAAGGGGGAGAAAGAAAGGACCUCCUGCUUCGUGUCUUCUCCUGCUUUGGGUAGUCAUCUUGCAACAAGGUUCAAGAAUUUACUUAAACAGAUGCAUAAACAUCUCCAUUAGGAAUUCCUCCCACUGUGCAAAAAAAGGAGUGUAAUUUAAACAUGGUGUCUAAAAGCUCCGGUUCUCAGAAAACAACCCCUGCUUCCACUGGUAAUGGAACAACUAACAGGACGAAACAAACGAGUCAAGUGAAAAAGAAGGAAUCACAUCAGUGCCCUGAAUGCGGGAAGAAUUUAACUACAAAGACUGGUCUCAGAAUACACCGGCGGAUUCACACUGGAGAGAAACCGUAUCAGUGCUCUGAGUGCGGUAUAAGUUUUAAAGCACAGAGUUGCCUUCAAGUACACAAGCGCCUUCACACUGGAGAGAAACCGUAUCAGUGCUCAGACUGCGGGAAGAGGUUCAAUAGCAAGGGUAGUCUAAACAUACACGAGCGCGUUCACACUGGAGAGAAACCAUAUAAGUGCUCAGAGUGUGGAAAGUGUUUUACAGUACAGAGCAGUCUGGAUGAACACCAGUACGUUCACACUGGAGUGAAACCGUAUCCGUGCCUAAAGUGUGACAAGAGCUUUCCUAGACUAAGUAGUCUUUUAGAUCACGAGCGUAUUCACACUGGAGAGAAACCGUUUCAGUGCACAGAGUGUGGGAAGAGCUUUACUGUAAAAUGCCAUCUUAAACAACACAUGAGAAUUCACACAGGAGAGAAACCGUAUCAGUGUUCAGAGUGCAAGAAGAGCUUUGCUAGGCAAAGCAGUCUCCAAACACAUCAGCUCAUUCACACAGGAAAGAAACCGUAUCAGUGUUCAGAGUGCAAGAAGAGCUUCGCUAGGCUACGCAGUCUCCAAACACAUCAGCGCAUUCACACUGGAGAGAAACCGUAUCAAUGCUCAGUGUGUGGACAGAGUUUUAGGGCACACAGUAAUCUAAUAUCACACCGAAGUACUCACACACAGUUGAGACCUCACGAGUGCUCGGAUUGUGGGAAAUAUUUUAAAGAAGUGCGAGCUCUUAAAAAACACAAGCGCAUUCACACUGGAGAGAAACCGUUUAACUGCACGUUGUGCGGAAAGAGUUUUACCACGCAUUCUCAUCUGAUAUCACACAAGCUCAUUCACACUGGUGAGAAACCGUUUCAGUGCUCGCUGUGCGAGAAGGCUUUUUCUAACAGCAGAGCUCUUACAAUACACAAACGUAUUCACACUGGGGAGAAGCCGUAUCACUGCUCACAUUGUGACAAGAGUUUUUUGAGGCGGCGUAGUCUACAAUCUCACCAGUACAUUCAUAAAGAAAUCAAACCGCAUCAGUGCACACAGUGUGAAAAGAGUUUUGUAAGAAAGCGUUGUCUCCAAAGACACCAGCACUCGCACACUGGAGAGAGGCCUUAUCACUGCACGGAGUGCGAGAAGACGUUUACUGCAGAGUUUCUCCUUGUACUGCACCAGAAGCGCAUUCACGCCAAAGAGAAAAAAUAUCACUGCGAAGAGUGCGCCAAGAGUUUUACGAAUAAGAAGAUUUUCAAAAACCACCAGCGCCUUCAUAUCAAAGAGAAGAAGUAUCGGUGCUCGGAGUGUGGGAAGAGCUGUACAAAUGUGAAGGAUCUCCAAAAACACCAGAGCCUUCAUGCCAGAGAAAAAAGAAUGCAUCGGUGCUCAGAGUGUGGAGAGAGUUUUACAGUUAAGAGGAAUCUUCUAAAACACCAGCGCCUUCAUUCUGCCGCAGAGAGCCAGGAAAGUUCAUCACCAUCAAACGAGAGUUCUGCAGAGGAGUGGGACGAAGACAGUUCGGACUAAAGGACAGAAUGUAGAAACUGCCAAUCUGAGCUCUGCAGUGCCUGGUGCUUUUCACAGCAACAGGGAAGAAAAUGAUAAAAGAGGAGAGACUGGCAGCUCAACGUCCUGAGAAAGAUCUCCAAAUACCUCUCACUCGUAAAUAUUCUUUAGUUUUUUAGUUUGUUUUUUAUUCCAGUAGUGAAGGAAUGAAAAAAAUAAAGAAUGUUUUUUUAAGUAUGUUAUAUAUAUAUAUGCAUUUUCUUUAUAUUUACUCUAUUUUUAACCUUAAAAUUACUUGUGUAUUUACAAAUUUUACGAUACCACUUUUGUUUUCCGAGUACACAACACUGAAGAUUUUAUUGUAUUCACUGUAAUAUUUACUUACUGAUUUUGGGUCAGUACAUGUCUAUAAUGAUAUAUGAAGGUACUUUUAUAUUUACCCUAUAUAUUUUCCUGGUGUAUUUUUUCUACUAUGCAUAUUUGUCACACUUACCUGUGAUACUUACCUGUUGUACAUUCCUGUAACUCUUGUGGGGCCCUAAAUUAGGAUAUUGAAGAUCAAUAUGUGUAAAUCCUCAUAUAUUAAGCGCACUCGGCCUUACAUGAACAAGUUCACUGAGUUUGCUCGUCCUCUGUCUGCUCUCCUUCUCUAACAAGCCUAAACCUGUACCAGGCACGUCCCGGAGGGAGGCAGCUGUAUAAGAUAACAGGCCAUAAUAUAACGCUUCUUAAUGGCUGGGGAGCAUAUCUCUAAGUUCAUUAAUCAGACCAGAUGUCCACAAACAGACCCUAGCUCAGUCUCCAAUUAUGGGAAUAAUGGCAUAAUGCCCAGAUACGUGACCGGAAGAACCUUCCUAAAGAUGAUCAUGUUUGGAAACAAUUAUGUUCAACUGAAAAAUGGUUAUAUAACAGUAAAAGGUGGAGCCUAAAGCCCCCACCUUUGUUCACCCAAAUACUGUAUAAAAAUGUGUGUAACCCUUUGUCUCAUCAGAAGACUGAAUCCUCCUGACUGAAGAACAAUAAAGAAUCAACUUAGAACAUCGGAAAGAAGUCUUCUCCUUUCUUUAAACCUGGGGCACUCGUCUGUUUUUAUCUUCUCUCUUUUGAAUUUAGAGCUUUACAUCGAUGCAUGACUAGAUAAUUUUUAAGAGUCUAUUUUAAACUAGCCCAGGCUUCCCUUUAAGGGAGGCCUAAGAGUCGUCAAAUAACGAACGACACUCUAUACCCACUGUAGUCCUGAAAGGUGGAGCUUGCUCUGUGAUUGGCUGAAUGAAUCAGGUAAAUCCUGGAAGAGACAGUAUAUGAAUUAGAGAAUGUUCGCACUGAAUUGCUGUAAAAAGGUAUUGUUUUUUUUUCUUUUCUCUUCUUUGUUUUUUGAGAUUGUUGAUAUUUCACAUUCUUAUUUUUGUAAUUGAUUUUUUUUAUUACUCACUUCCUUCAUAAGCUUUACAACUACAGACACAGGGCAAAUCAACAGGUACACUUUACAUUUUAAGAAUAUUUUUUUAAAGCAUAUCCAUAGAGUCAGAGUUGACACGAAACUAAAAUAAAAUAAUAGUUAAUAAAUAAAUGAGUAAAUCGGACACAUUUUUGAAUAUGGUGAAUGAUAUUAUACCCUGAAAUAUUGCUCCAUAUCACCCACCCCUAAUUAUCACAUCAGGGUUCUACUUUUUUACUGGUUUUAUCAAAAGAAAAAUCCACAGAGUUCUCAUUUCCCGUUCUAUAUUGUGGGGCCUAAAUUAGUGAUCAAUAUGUGUUAUAUUACCUCUAUAUUAGUAUACUUGGUUACAUAUGAAGAGUUCACUGAGUUCUGUUAAAACUCUGUCUAACCUCCUCUCGGAAAGGCCUGUACCGGUUCGUACCGGUACUUCUUAUUUUUCUGACUUAGAACUUUUGUUUUAACGCAAGAUUAGAUAGAUCGAGAGCUCUUUAAGCUAGCCCAGGCUUCCCUUAGGCCUUAGAAGAGUCGUGAAAAAUCACCACGACAAUAUCUACUAGAGACAGAUUAUAUCUGUCCAGUAUCAUUUAUUUUACUUUAAUACUGAAUAUAUGGAGAUAUUUUGAGUGCAUUUAUUAUUAUUAUUAGUAUCAUGAUAUUCUGGAUCAUUGACUUCUGUUACAAUUCUGAUAAAAUUUUUGUAUUUUUAAAAAUCUAAAAUGGGCUGUUCCAUAUCAUAUAAUAUUGUAUACAGUAAUAAAAUUGAAUUUUUAUUUUGUUA